UUUCAAUUUGUCAACAUCCUCUAUAGAAAGUUUAAAAUGGCAGAAAAUCCCAACCACUGAUAAUUUUGAACUCAUUCAGUGUUCAGCUUCAAUAUUCUAUGACAAAAAUAUAGAAUUUUCAUUCACAACUCGGAUAUUCUAUGACAAAAUAUAGAAUUUUCAUUUUCUAUCAAGUUGAAAUCGAGAGUGAAAUUAUUUUCCAAAAUGAAUGACAUUGUUUUACAAAAGGUAACACUAAGAACUUUAGAACCAACAAUUUUCAAUGGACUUAUUGUUGGAGUAAUAAUCGCCAAACAAGAAAGUAGGCAAUUUGUUGAUUCACAAGCUGGAAGUACCAGAGCAGUUUUGAACUUCACCAUCAGGGAUUCCUUGCAGGACUUUAUUAACGUCACAUACUGGGGAAAUUUGGAAGUGAUUCUCAAUGUCGACGAAAAUUUCCACAUAGGGGACGUUGUAGAAAUAAUAAGACCGCAGAUAGUUAUAAGAAAAUUCAAUGACUAUGGAGAGCAAUUUAGACCAAAAGUUACGUCGCCGUUUGCUCUCAUCAUGAACGACCUGUCCGAUAUUCUCCACCACCAAGGCUGUAAUGUUGAUAGCUACAAAAAAUUGCUACGUUGGCCUACAAAACCUCCUGGUUUUGUGCCAAUCAGAGACUUGCAUAAUGGUGGACUUUCCAUCAAAGGUACCUACGCCGAUAUAUUGGGAGCUGUUGCAUCCACUAGUAAUGUAAGAAUGGUUAAACUGAAAAAUGGUAGAGAAGCACCAGUAGUAGACCUAAUGCUUUUCGACCAAACUCAUUCCGGUUUAAGACUGACCAUUUGGAACAAAGAGUACAUCAACAAAGCAUCGCAUUGGAAACCGAGAGAAACUAUUAUCUUUGUAACAGAUGUGAAGAUAGACUGGUCUGGAUUUCAUAAAACAAUAGUUGCUACCUUCAGUUCAAGAUCCAUUCUCACUGAGAAUCCUAUAGGUAUAGAAGCAAAAAACCUGGCUACAUAUGCAAAAACUGCGAAGUUAGAGGCUCCAAACUCGUGGAACCAAACACUUGAUCUGCCAGAUGUAGAUAGAAUUCAGAACGUAAUGAGUAUCCAACAGAUUCAAAACAGAUUAGCUUUAGGAAGAGAGUCUGUACAAAACGUACAGUUUACAGCACUUAUUUAUGCUGUUGUCACACAUCUAGAUCUGGAUGGAUACAAUAGACUGAUUAGUCAAAGAUGUGGUCACUGCAAAUCACUGAUUAAAAUAACAAAUACUUCAGGAAAAUGCGAUAAUUCUAUAUGUCCUGUAGGACAGAACCAAGAAUUUGCAGAGCCUGAAGUUCAGUUCGAUAUUCGAAUGAAUAUUUCUGACCAUACAGGAAAUCUGAAUGAUUGCAGGUUGACCGGAAGAACUGCAGAAAUUGUGCUGGGCUGUUCGGUACACGAAUUUUUGCAAAUGCCUCAAAGUGACAGAGCUAAACUGAAAUGGAGGUAUCUAUUAGAGAGAUGUGCUAUUCGAAUAUACAUUUAUUUCGAUAAUAAUCAAAAAGCUGUUGUCUCUAUUCAAGGUUGCAGCAUUGCCGACACUUUAGAAGUAGCCGAAAGAAUUCCUGUUUAUUAAUUUUCAACUCAAAUUACUCUCUAGUAAGGAUGUCAAAUUUGAUUUCCCAUUUGAUAAUUUUUUUUUGUUCCAAUAAAUGAUUGAAAUGUUA